AAGCUCACUGCAAAACAGAAAUGAAAGGAAAAGUAUUCCAAUAGCUCGAACCCAAUACCGAGUACAACACUAGUCCCACUAAUUCGUAAACAGUAGACUAAAAAACUAAAUUCGUGAAAUAAGCUAUGAUGUUUUUGUAAAUUGGGCUGGCUUUUGUGCUGAAGUGUAACAACAGCCGCCAUUCGCAACCCGCAAACACUGAAGCCGUGAGCCCCAACCCUAACGCCUCUCUCUUCCUCUGUUUCUCUUCCUCUCUCUCGGUAAUCAACCCAUCGCCGCCGCAUCCCUUCUCAAGCCGCCGUGAACAGCAACCCACACUAGCCCCCAACACCUCUGUCUCCCUCCCUAUUUCGCUCUCGCUUCUCUCCUCCCUCAGCCGACCUCCAGCAAGCACACAUUUCUCUCUCCACCGUGCACGGCCAGACAACCCCCACUUCAGACCACAUAUUUUCCUCCACCCAUCGGAGGCCCAUGCCCAAGCUCUAUCUCCCUCAGUCCCACGCCAAUCACUGCCUUGCUUCCUUGCACCACCAAGAGCCCUUAAUAGAAGGCCAACCGUGAAGAACCAGCAGCAGCAGCAACACGGCUCUGUGGUUGCACAGUCACGAGCCACCACUGCCCAGCUCAGCCCUCAAUUUGUGAGCAAAAGUUGAUCAAAGAAAAAUAAAGAAAGAGAGAAAAAAAAUAAGAAAUAGAAAUAAAGAAUAAGCCAAGUUCGAAAAGUAGGCGACAAUGGACCUUCAGCCACCACGACCUAACCCAAGUGAGCCUAACAAGCAGUCUCGGUCUCAGCAGCAACCAGCUCUUCACCAGAGCGAUGCGGACGAUGACGACGAGAACGUGAAGCAGCUCAACGAGUGUUCUUCUCUCUAUUUGUCCCUGCAGGAAUGUCUUAAUAAUACUAACAGGAAUUGGAAAUCUUGCCAGAUGGAAGUUCAAGCUUUGAGGGCAUGCAAUGAAAGAAGGAAAAAAUGACCGAGUGAAAUGAGGAUUUUGCCUUGCUGGGGCUUAACUCUGCAAGUCAACAUCCUGACUCUGUAUUUGGAGUUUUUGGUUUUCAGUAGUUGAUUGAACAUAACCAACUACCUCUCAUGUUCUGUAACUUUUGAGUUUUUGCUGAUGAUUCUUCAGCAAUUUCACCAGGUGAUAUAUUGCUCUAAAUGCCCAAGUUUGUUUCCUCACAGUUAUGGCAGUCUGCUAGAAAUGUAAUUUAAUUCAAAAGGAAAUAUAUGGGGGAAAUGAAUAAAGAAUGGUUCAUCUUUGAAAUA